CUUCCAUAAUUUAUGUGGAGUUUAACUAGGGUUUUUGGAAUUUGGAAUAAAGGGGAAGAGAGUGCAUCUUCCUUUUGUUGCUGUCAAACUUUAAUCUCAUAAGAUAGCAGAAGGAAGAAGAAUUUGAUUCGAAAAUUGUAGCGUAGCGUUGGUGCAAUUGAACGAUAAGAUGGGAAGAGGAAAAUACAAAAGCAAGCCCACCGGUCGCCGCCAGUUCUCCACCCCGGAAGAUCUCCUUGCUGGAACCUCUAACCGGCCUCGAACUUUUAAACAGAAAGAAGCUGAACACGUAGAGGAAGAAUCUGAGGAAGCAUCUGGGGAUGAAUCUGGAGAAGAAUCUGAAGAAGAAUCUUCGAAGAAAAAAGGAACCCAAGGGAUUAUUGAGAUUGAAAAUCCUAACUUGGUAAAGCCAAAGAGUGUGAAGGCCAGAGAUGUUGAUGUGAGUUCAAUUUUCCGUUUUCAGUCUUCAUAUAGACAUCUUUUUAGAAGUUGGAAGGAUAAUGCUAUUUUCUUGUGGAUACAGGUAGGAAAAACAACAGAACUUUCAAGGCGUGAAAGAGAGGAGCUGGAGAAACAGAGAGCCCAUGAGCGCUACAUGAGGCUGCAAGAGCAAGGGAAAACAGAACAAGCAAAGAAAGAUUUAGAACGUUUAGCUCUUAUACGUCAGCAAAGGGCAGAGGCUGCUAAAAAGAGAGAAGAAGAGAAAGCUGCUAAAGAGCAGAAGAAGGCUGAAGCGCGCAAGUAGAGAAUGUAAUGAGGCCAACUUUACUCCAAUUAGUAGGAGGAAUAUGUGCUCUUGCUACACUUCAACAUUAUGUCCAUUUACCUUUUUAUAUUGUGCUAUUACCAUACCAAUCUGGUAACAUGUAAUGCAAUUAUUUUCCUAUUCUGUGGUUUAAAAUCGUGAUUAUACAUAUAUAAACUUUUUAAAUGUUAUCUAAUCACAGCUGAGUUAAUUACUUUUUUGUU